AUGUCCGAAGUUGCAAUCAUGUCUUCGUCAUCCCAAAAGAUUCUUGCUCCUUCCACUCCGAAGAGAUCGGCUUCUUCAUGUUCUUCAUCACCAUGUACACCAACAGCAUCAACAAAAGAAGAACAACCUAUUCCUUGUUUCAAUACCCCAAACACUCCGAAUGUACUUUCCUCAAAAUUUGGUUUUCCUCUCUUAUAUACAGGUCAUAUUCAAUUAAUCUUUGGAAAUAUGUUUGCAGGAAAAACUUCUGAACUACUUCGAAGAAUGCGUCGUUAUCAAAUUGCCCUUAAAGAAUGUGUACUCAUUAAGUACAUCAAUGAUGUAAGAUAUAGUAAGGAGAGUGUUUCGACACAUGACCAAGUGCAACAACGUGCCAUUCCAACCGAUCGUUUGGAAAAGAUUGCUCAUCUUGUGCAGAAAUAUGAUGUCAUUGGAAUUGAUGAAGGUCAAUUCUUUCCUGAUUUAGUUGACUUUUGUGAAGCAGCUGCAAAUGGAGGUAAAAUUGUGAUUGUGAGCGCCUUGGAUGGAACUUUCCAAAGAAAACCUUUUGGUGACGUCUUGCGUUUGAUUCCAAUGGCUGAAAGUGUUGUGAAAUUGAAGGCUGUUUGCAUGGUUUGCUGCAAAGAUGCUGCUUUUACUAAACGUAUCACCGAUGAACAACAAACGGAAGUGAUUGGUGGUGCUGACAAGUAUAUUGCUGUAUGUCGAGAAUGCUUCAUGACAAGAAAUACACCAUAUGCGAAAAAGAAUAAGAGUGUCUUUAAUGAAAGCAUGAUCGAAGAGGAACAAGAAGAUACCAUGCCUUUUUUCUCCUCAAAAACAUUAACUUGCCAAGUGAAUGCUAAUUGA